AUGAUAUUCUCCGAAGAAGAUUUUCGUUUAGCCGGAGAGAUGAAAAAGCCGCGAGGUUCAGAGAACGGAGAACCUAGAACUAUCACUAACUGGGAUCUUUUCGCCACGCUAGGUGGCUCUUGGGAAGAUUCCGCAAUGGACAGCAUCGACGAAGAAUACGAUCGGCUCGUCGAAAAACUUCAUGUCUGCAAGAGGAAGGCUCAGAGAUUUAAAACCAUGAGACGCCUGUCUCCGGAAACUCCAGAGCUGAUGCGUCAGCGUGAAGCUGCACGAGCAGCAGGCAACCAGGAACUCGCGUCCGAGCUCGCAAGGCUUUGCAGAGAGGCGAUAAAAGAAUACCUCAAGGAGAGAAGGGCAGAAGUGUUGGUUGAAGCUACAAGGUGGGAAAGAGCAUUCGCUACGCCCGUCGAGAAUUCGCCAAUCGAAGGACGAAGAGAACUGCUCUCCGGGGAACCUGAAGGGAACAACCAUUUUGUCGAGAAGGGAAAUGAGAAAAUCAUCCACGACUUCUACUCUCUUCGAUAG